AUGCCGGCGGACGACUCAUCCCGGCCGCUGUUGGGCGACUCCGAAGAGGUGGCCAAUAGAGCAUCGGAAGAGCGUCGCGGGGAGGAUGGAGAGAACGCACCACUGCUCUCACAUCGAUACGGAACUCCACGAUAUGAUGGAGAGGAAGGCCUUGCGCCUCUGUCACCGGCGUCGACGUCAUUGCGGCAGAUACAGAGCAGUGAUUCCAGCGCCUCGGCGACGAAGGGCAAAUCAUGGGCGACUAUCACAGCUAUCACCGGCCUUUCUGUGUCGAUUUUGCUCAUCAUUUCAGUGCUAUUUUUUGCACCAGCUGCUGUCGAAGAGUACAGCAAGCAGUCAAUGGUUAUCGAUCCAACCGGCCUGUCCAUCGACUCGUUCACAAGCACUGGGGUGCGAGCCCGAGUGCAAGCAGAUUUCCAGCUCGAUGCAGCCAAAUGCAAGAACCCUGCCAUCCGAACCCUUGGGCGCCUUGCAACCUACAUCGCCCACACGGUCGAGAGCGAAGAGACAGAAGUGAAAGUCUAUCUCCCGGAGUAUGACAACCUACUUAUUGGCACCGCAACCGUUCCAAAGGCACACGCCAGCAUACGCAACGGCGAGGUCACGCAUCUGGAUUUCUUGACAGACGUUAAACCUGCCGAAACCGCCGACCUCCAGCGUAUUGUCAAUGACUGGCUUUCUGGACGGAUGACACAAUUGACGGUGAGGGGCAUGAUUGAUGUUCCACUUAAGUCUGGCUUCUUCCGUCUCGGGAACAAAACCAUAUCUCCAACAAUCAUCCUUGAAGGCCACAAUAUCCCUAAUAUCCCGUCCUAUAACAUAACCCACAUCAAUAUUGAAGAAACGAAUCUGAUGCAAGCACUCAGUCGCAAAGCCAUAAUUAAGCGGGGCAUGAGGGCAGAUGCCACUCUUGUUGUUGACAACCACUAUCCGAUCAGCUUGUCAAUCCCACCUCUUCAGUUUGACAUCUUAGUUCAGAACUGCGAUAUGGUCGACCCAUAUAUUAUGCUUGCGGAGGCGUCGACGGAUAGGGUCGAUGUUCAACCAGAAUCAUAUAUCGAAGUCCAAGCUGGAGGCAUCAUACAGGAGCUCCCAAGUUCUUUAACAAAACCGUGCCCUAGCACUGCACUGUCACCGUUAGACGUGCUAGUGGGAGAGUAUAUGCACGGCAAAGACGCCACCAUAUAUGUAAAGGGAUCCAAAAACCCAUCUCCAGAAACGCCGACUUGGAUAUCCGAUUUGAUUGCAGCUAUUACGGUGCCGGUUCCGUUCCCAGGCCGAAAUUUCGAUGGACUGGUCAAGAAUUUCACAUUCGCGGAUGUACAUUUUGGACUGCCUGACCCAUUUGCGGAUCCGCGCAGCCCCGAAUCAAAUCCUCAAAUAUCUGGCACUAUCGUAGUCAUGGCCAAUCUACCGAAAGAGGUCAACUUUGCAAUCAAUGUCACCAACGUCCGACCAACAGCGGAUAUUUUCUACAAAGACAAGAAACUCGGUGUCAUGGAUCUGAAGGAGUGGCAGAAAGCACAAUCCGAGAGAAUUGAUGCAACGGACGACGAAGAUGCACUCCUAAAGAUCCAGUCCAAGAUCAAGGAUGCCCCUAUAAAUAUUACCGACCAACGAGUUUUCCAAGAUGUGGCACAGAAAAUCCUUUUUGAAGAAGGCGUGACAUUGGAAGUUAGAGCACUCGUGGAUGUUGAGGCCGAAACUGUGCUGGGGUCUUUAGUCGUUCGGGAACUUCCUGGAGAAGGAUCUGUCCCGGUAAAGGGUGGGAUGUUCUUUGGCGAAGAUGCCUAG